CAGACUCAGAGUAUCACUGUGAUUUGUUGAUGACAGUCUUAUAUACUGAGCUUCACUGUGAGAUUACUAGACUCGCACAUGCUUUAGAAUGCAGCAGUCGCCUACUCAUGGUCUAAUAAUUCUGUCACGAGAUGUUUGUGUACAUGUGGGAUUAGACCAGCUGAAGUUUCUCUCCAUGUAUUUCACCAGCUCAUUGAAGGCUAUUGGAGAUGGCAUCUGAAAAAAAGGACACCGGUGAAGUUUUAAAGGAUCAGAAUGUAUUUCUUCGAAUCCUCAAUCUUCGAUCUGUCAAUGCUGCUCUCGAAUCCAUUGAGAAGAUGUACAUCAGUACGAAACAGUCUCAUCCCAUCAUAAGGUCUGUGUGUGGGCUGUAUGAGAAAGGUGUGAGUAGGGCUGGCAGCUUGGCUUUAUGGAGCAUGCAACCUGCCCUCCAUGUACUGGAGCCCCAACUUAUAGCAGCCAACUCAAUGGCCUGCAGAGGACUGGACCGCCUGGAGGAGAAGGUACCAGCCUUGCAGUCUCCACCUGCAGAGCUGACAGCAAAUAUCAAGGAGCUGAUGUCUUCAACUUUGGAAACUGCCAAGGACGGUAUCACCGGUCCAAUCAAACACACCUCUAACGUUGUGUUGGGCAAGGUAUCUACUGGGUACCAGCAGAGCAAGAAUGCUAUAAGUAACGGCAUACAGUAUGUCCUUAACAGCAAACUUGUAUACCUGGCCGAGCAGAGAGCCAACAGGGCUCUAAGUGUGACAGAGAACCUGUUCGAAUAUGUCCUUCCUGUAUCUUCAGCUGAAACAGAGGAUGAUGGGAGUAUGGGAGAGCAGGCGCCUGAUGUUGGAGCCUCUGGCCCAAAGCCCAGCUUCAGUAGGCUGAGAGAGCUGGCCGGCACCAUCUGCAGACGUGCCUUUGAGAAGACAGCUGCACAGCUUCAGCGCUCCAAACGUCAAGGUCAGGAACUGGUCACACAGAUCCCUGGCGUGAGUCCCCUGGUUGAAUAUACCAUGAAGACAAUGAAGACUUUAGGAGGUGUAAUACUGGGACUCCCGAGCUCUGUGGCAGCAUUUCUGAAAGAUGGACAACAGCACAGUCCUCAGAAUGAGGUGACCAAUAAUGAACAUGAGCAGCUCGAGAGUAAUGGGCUGCCAAGUCUAGUCAGUGGAUUAGGGCAGCAGUUGCUUAAGGUCUAUGAAUCUGUGGUGGCUAAUGUAGAGAAAACCCCUCAAACCAAUUUCAACCUGGCUAAGGAUGGAGUCAACAUUGUCCUGGGUUACCUUGGCACAGUCAGGGAGAGAGCACUGCACAACCUUUCUUAUUAUGGGCUGAUUCCUAGACGAUCUUCCAAGCCAGAAGGACGUUCCCAACUGGUUGGAAAAGAUGGAGCAGAAGAAUGUCUGAGUGGCUCCCUGGUGCUGGAGUCCAAUGUAGGAGACCACAUGCACCGUCCCAGUGACAACUCUGAAAAGCAGCCUCUUAAGACUACAGAGCCCAAAGAGAUAUCGGAGGAGACCCGUCAGCUGAAGAAGAAGGUCAUGAAGCAGAUUCCCGUGCAGCAGAAAGUAGUUCUUGGAGGUAGCAACAAGAAAUUAUCCAACCACAUGUCUUCUAGGAAGAGUCUGACAGAUUGCACCCAGAUUUCCUCCUCCUCUUCUAACACUUGCACAGUGCAAAACAGCAGGAACGCUGAGUGAGAAAGGAGCGUUGAUUUCUAACGUCUCAAGUCAGUGACCUACAUAUAGUUAUACAUAUGGAGGCUCUGAACUGUUUUGGCAUUUCUUGUCUAUAAUAAAGCAAAGUUAUUUUGUUGUGCAUGUAAAUCAUUCUGGAGAACUGAUAUACACUAUUUUUAAAAAGUUUGGGGUCAGUAAGAUUAUGUUUUUGAAAGAAGAACGUAAAGCAGAAUUUUCAGCAGUCCAGACUUCAGUGUCACAUGAUCCUUCAGAAAUCAUUAUAAUAUGCUGAUCUGGUGCUCAAGAAACUCAGUUGUGCUGCUCAAUGUUUUUUGGAAACUUGAAUUUUUUUGUUUUGGAGUCUUUAAAUGACGUUCAAAUAAACAGCAUUUAUUUAAAAUAGAAAUUUACUUUACUUGAACUUUGAUCAUUUUAAUGCAUCAUUGCUAAAUAAAAAUAUUUCUUUCAACAACAAAAAAAUCUUCCUGACCCCAAACUUUUAGCUGCAAAAGAAAGAAAAAAACAUAUAAAAAUUGUGGUGUAACUUGAAUAUCUUUAUUAAUAAUAAUGAAUGAAAUGAAAUUUGAAUUCAAGGCAUAAAAUUAUACAAAUAUCUUGCAUUAUUUGUGACUAAUUAUAUACACUAACUGUAAUUGCAGAGAUUGUGCAAAUGUCAUUAAUAACACGGGAAAGCCUGACUACUUUUCAAUUAUAUUUUAUUUUAUCAACAGUCACAGCAAUUGGUGAUCAUACACUUUUUCCAAAAGACGUCCCUUGCAAAACCAAGAUGUAAGGAGUAAGAUUUGAUCAUUACACAACAGGUUCAUUACACAAAAACAGCACAGUUGUGACCCAUACAAGAAUAAAUUAUUUACUUCAUAAUCAUAUUUUUUUUGCCAUGUCACUGCCUUUAUUAGUAUUUGAAUAGACAAUGUGCUAGAUGGAAACGUCCUCAGAUUUUUGUCUCUUCAAAAAUACCAGAAUGAUAGUUGCAGCAAAUAAUCACAGCAAAGGUUAUUCGGUUAUUUUAGAUGAUUUAUGCAACACAUACAGCAUAAUUAUUGAAGAAAACAACCUGUGACAGUGUUUUGAGCUUGAAUUUUUCAAUAUUUUCAUACAAAUAACAGGAAUAAUUACAACAUUUGCAGAGCUACUCCACUUUAGUCGUUAUACCAGAAUGAAAGAGCGUAUCAAAAUGUUUACAAUGCAUACUUGUAAUGUCAAUGUGGUCUAUAAAUAUAUGACAAAUAAAUACACAUUUAACUGUCA